UGAACAAUCAGCAAGGCGGCGGCGGGUACAUGUCUGGUGGUGGUCAGGGUGGGGGCUUCAUGUCGCAGGCGCCCCCGAAGGAGGAUAUGGCGUAUCUCUGCGCAGAUUGCGGCACGGAGACCACGAUCAAGGCGCGUGAGCCAAUUCGGUGUAGAGAAUGCGGACAUCGCAUCAUGUACAAGAAGCGCACGAAGAGAAUGGUACAAUUCGAAGCGCGAUGAUCGUCGCUAUAUUAUUGGGGAAUCAUACUUCCCCGCGCCGAGAUAUACUUCUCAUCACCGCAACUACAUGCAUAUCAGCAUCACCAAUCGCCCUUUCGCUUCAUCCAGAGGUUCAAGAGGCAUGUCACGACCACGCGAUCGAGGACUCCCUCCAGCCGCUUGGCCACCUUCAAGGAUUGCUGCUCUUCAUUCCACUCCGCGAGCGUCUUGCCUCUCGUGUCUACGCAGAAUAAAUCCUUGUUAUUCUCUGCAACCUUCCACUUGUACUCUGAGCCACCGG